AUAAAAGACUACUACUUUAAAUAUAUCAUAAUAAUAAUUUUUGAAUAAUUUUUAUAUUUUGUCAGAUUCAAUAUUUUUUAUAUUGACAAUAAUUUUAUAUACAUGUUUUUUUAAAUUAAUAAUGAACAAAUAAUAAAUAAUACAUGUUAUUUACAUACAUACUGUGUUUAUCAUAUGUCUAAGUAGAAAAUUUUUUGAUGACUAAAUAGAAAUUGACAAUUAACAUAGAACUUCAUUUAAACAUAAUUCCUAAUCUGAAAUUUACAAUUUCACUCUGUGUGUUCUUUAUAUAAGGAAAUAAUUCUUAAAAUUACAAACAGUUAUAGAGAGAAUCUUUGAACGUAAAAUGUUUUAAGUUUAAAUUAUUUUUAUAAUAUUUUUUUAUAGUCAUAUUAUCUUUGGCAUGCUCUAGAAUUCAUAUUAUACAAGUUUUCUUUGUGUUUCUAAUAUAUGUAUAUAUAAUAUAAUAUAAUAUAUAUAUAUAUAUAUAUAUAUUGGAUAAAUAUUGAUAUAUAAUAAUCCAUGUUUCUAAUAUAGGUGGUACUAUUGAUUAGAUAUUUCUUAUUUUAUUUACUAAUACAAAAAUUCAAAAAAAAAAAAUGUAUUCAUUUCAAAUGUGUGUCAAAUUUAAAGUAUUACAAAUUUUGCUAUAUUGGACAGAUUGACUAAUGAUCUUUUUUACUUCAUUUUUUGUUUUGUAAUACAUUGUGUUUCUUGAUCAGGAAUGACAAAAACUAAUGGUUUAUCAUAAUAUAGUGAAUUUAAAAUCCUAUAUCAUAUAAAUACAUCCAAUGAAUAUCCUUUGUUCCUCAAAAUAACAUUGAAUAGAUAAAUCUUAUGUAUAAUUAUUUGGCUUUUAGUUAAUAAACAAAUCAGAGCCUUUGUUUAGUAUUUUUGUAUCUGAGCAUGCUAAUAUGUGAUCUUUUAUAUAUUUGCGUUACUGGAGCAUUUCAAUAUUUAUAUUUAGAAAAAGAAAAUAUAACGUGUAAUGCUUUGCAUUACCAUUUAUAAAAUGAUUUCGAUUGGAGUUUUUAAUAUCAUGAGAUUUUUUUGUUGUAGUUUGCGUUACAAACUAUUUAUGUCUUUUAUUUUCAGUAUAAAUUCAAUUCUUAAAAAUAAAGUCAAUUAAAAAAUUUUCUGUUACACUAUCAAAGUUUUAAAAAGUAAUGCGAUUAAAUAUUAAUUUUCGUGAGCGUAUAACCUCGUUUACAAAGCAAUGUUAUGUAUGUAGUUAUAGACCGUGCUAUGUAUAAAAGUUACGAAGUUUUGUAAGAAAAAAAUGUGAAUAAUCGAUAAAGGAGCUAUUAAGCUUCAAACUAUGUGCCAAGAAGGGUGGACCCCUACUUAUGGCAGUAAAGGACUUUUAGUGAUAAAAAAUAGUAUAAAUGAUUAAUAAAUGUAUGAUUUAAUAACAUAGUAUUAUAGACAAUAAGAUUUUCUUUACUUAAUUAUAAUAUUUUAAGCAUGUUUAAAUAGGAUUAUAAUAAAUAUAAUAUUUUAUCCAAAUGUGCACGUAUAAAUUCUUAUAAAGAAGACAACGCAUGAAAUUUCUUCAAAGAAGAGUCAGAAAAAAAAGUUUCACUGGUUGAACUUGCUUGUAGGCUGAUAUAAUUUCAUAAUGGCAUACAUAAAAUUAAGCAAAAAUGCAAGGAAAUUAUAUGCAAAAUAUUCCACCAAAAAAAAAACAAAAUGAACUUUUAUAUAGAUAUGGAUAUUUUUUAUUAAUGCUUUUAUGUAUGAUACUUGCUUCUGUUAAACCACAUUUUGGUAAAACAAAUGGUGUUCUGAAUGGAAAUGUUAUCAUUCGAUAUUUUGCUAUUCCUUUAACAUACUUAGAAGCAGGUUUAUUGUGUGAUCCAAAAAUGCUUUAUUUAACAUUAAGCAAUGGUUCUCUUUUAAUAUUUACAAUGACUUUUAUAUAUAUUUUAAUGCCGUUUCUUAUGAGACUUGGGGUAUGUUUAUUGACUUAUGCCAAUGUCAAUGUGUGGUUAUUGAAAGGAAUGGAAGUACUUUACUGCAUGCCACCUCCAUUUAAUACAAGUUUUGUAUUAUGUCGAUUAUCACAAGCAGAUUUAUCAACAAGCAUUGUGAUUACUUUAGUAUCUCAUUUUGGAGGAUUAUUUAUAUCUCCUAUAUUAUUAUAUUUUGUGUUAGGAGCAUCUACACCACCCCUGGUUGGUAUAAACAUAAAAGAAACCAUUUAUAGUACUAUUAUACCAUUAAUUAUUGGUAUUACAAUUCAAAUUAUUAUUUUAAAAUAUGAUAUUUGUCCAAAAAUUAAAUCACCUUGGAUUUCUCAAGGAUUACUAUUAGCUACAGCAUAUCAUUGGUUUUGUGAUGCAUUGUUAGUAGAUGCAUCAUCUCUGCAAGCUUCUGAUGUGUUAUUAUGUGUAUUAAUUGCCUGUGCGGGACAACUAUUUAUUAGCUGCUUAUGUUGGAUUUUGUGCUCUCGAUGGUUACCCCGAAAUAUCUUGCUAGCUACACUUUUUACAAGUACUCACAAAUCAGUUGGUCUUGGUAGCUGGAUUUUACGUGGUGCUUAUCAUGGUUCAGCUCAUGGUUCAGCUGUGAAUUUACCAUUGUCAAUAUUACCAGUUGCACAAUUAUUAUUAGUAUAUAUUGAAACAACUAGUGUAAAAUUAUGCACGAAUAAGUUUUUUCAAUUCUAAUCAACUUAGUUUCAUUGAUAUUUGAUAAAAGAAAAUCAUGACAAUUAUACAAUAUACUGUACAUCAUUACAGGAACAAUUUUAAAUAGUACAUUAAGUGAAAGUAAAAAAGAAAAACCAAUUACACUACUUCGAAGCGUUAUACGCUAUAUCUUACUUGGUAAUUAUAUAAUAAAUUGUAUUUGUAUCUUACAAGUUAUAAAUAUAGUUUCUUCACUUUCGAUUGUAAAAUUUUUGAAAAUUAUAAGUAUCUACUUAUAUCUAAAA